AUGCAGAUUCGCGUGAAGUGUAACUGUGGAGAAGGAAACUGCGAGGAAUGGGGCAUCAUAGAAUUGCAAGGAGUGGUUGAACCACAACCUGGAUUCCACCAUUCUCCCCCGAACCUUGAGAUCGGUACUCUGUGCCGUCCUUCUUCUCAGGAAGUCUACACUUUCACUGUUGGAUACCAUGAACUGACAGGGUCAAAGGUUCCCUUGAAGAAGCCAAUGGUUGUGCUGAAGAAAGUAAAGCAUCAAGAUGGAGAAAGUGGUUGUAAGGUGGAACUGCAAGUUGCUGGAGUCAUUAGACAUAAGAUUCUGUUCAAGAACAGACCAAAGGCUCUCAUUUCCAAGCCACAGAUAACAUCCAGGGAAAGACAAAAGCCUAUCAUGUUAGGCUCUACCCGUUCAAAUCAAACUGCUUAAGACUCAUUGUCAUUUUCAUUCAAUGAAAUCAUGUUGGACCAGAAAGGUGGA